AUGACUACCGCACCCACAUCGAACUCCAGAGCCUCUCUUUUGUCUGGUCUCCGCACAGGCGGGGUACGCUCGUCUUCUGCAUCGAUUCCUCAUACUGCUGCUCCUGGCGGCACUUUCAACAUCCCCAGAAUCGUCUCGCACGCGAGCUCUGCCCAAUUUAUCAACGAGGAACCAGAAUAUCUUCCAGAAAUGACUUCUCACAAUAUAUACGCCAACAACCACCACGGCGGAAACAGGAUCCCCUUGACUGCCGCUGUCGAUGGACCCAACAACACAUUUUCUCAACACCAGCGUGGCAUGAAUCCUAACGUUACACCGUUCAGCCCCAGCUUCAACCCCAACUCAAUGAGCCAGGCCAAUCAAGCGCAGCAGGCUUUGCAAAUGCAAAUGAUGCAAUUGGAGAUCUUAAAGAUUCAGGCUGCUCAGGCUCAACAAUACCAAGCUGAGAUGCUUGCUCAGGCGCAGCGCCAGCAGCAGGCUCAGAACAGGCGCUCCAGUCUUGGUUUCAACCCUCCUGCCACCGCUGGACCUCUUUCCACUGGUUUCGACAUUCGAGCUGCCACUCUCAACGCCCAAAUGCGCCGUGCUAAUCAGGCUGAACAGCAGGCCCAACUCGGCGUGGGUUCUGAUGAACAUGUUCCCAUGACCGCUGCCCUCGGAGGUAAAUUCGGUAGCCGAAACAUCAGUUUGAAUGUUCCCAACUCAGUGAUGGCGAGAUACGAUGAUGGUGGUGAGGCUACCCUGCCUCCCACUCCGAGCUCUACUACAGUUAUCAGUGGUGGAACAUCUCUUGGACACCCGUCGUCCAAUAACAUCAGCGGUAGUACCACUCAGUCCAAAUCCGACUCGGCUACUUCUUGGAGACGUGGAGGUGGUAAAGGGAACUCUGUCCUAGCUAACCGCUCUGUCACGUCUCCCGCUGUUAAAGUGACUCCCCCUCCGUCCGAAGGUACUCCUCCUCCUGGUGCAGCUUUCUCCGCUGCUGUAACUGCAUCCAAGUUCCGUCCGCAGCCGCUCCGUUUCAGUGUUGUUGCACAGCAACCCCUUCCUAGUGUAACGAUUGACACCUCGGAAGUUAAUGAUAACGAUGACAGUUCGUCCACCAGCUCCGAUAAGUCCGUCGGUUCUCAUUCGUCUCCUACCACUCCCCACUCGUCUUCUUCCAACGAGAUGUCUCUUUCGCUGCGCGAAGAAGCUUCCAAAAAGUUGUACGAAGGUUUAGGAAUUGGUAGGCCAGCAUCGGCUGUUUCCAAUAAAGACGCUCCGUCGCAGCAGUACGCGGAGGCUCUCUCCAACUUGGGCUCCCAUCGAAUGGUGAGCCAGCCUUUGAGGCAACCCCGUGGUCCCCCUUCAGGACUGGAUGAGUUGCAGCCAAAGAACUUUGCCACCAGGAUCAGACGUCAGGCUAUUGGUGGACUCGGCAUGCUCAUGGAUGCUAGGGAACGAAGAGAUAUUGUUGAGGUCUAUUAA